AUGUUGGCGGUCCACCUUAAAAUAUAUCCGAUAAUAUACCUGCCGUCCAUAUUUCUGCAUUUGUGCCGUCUUUCUGCCCGUUUCGGCGUAUCUGAUCUUUUCAAGCAAAUUUUUUCAAACUGGAAAGGAUUUGCAUUCAUAAGUGUUGGGAGCUUUGCGUCAGUAGUACUAUUUUUCUACUGGAUCUACGGCGAGGUUUUUCUGGAAGAGUUCUUGCUCUAUCAUAUAAAACGACGAGACAUUAGGCAUAAUUUCUCCGCGUAUUUUUAUCUGCUUUAUCUAAUCGACGAAGAAGAAAGCAUUUCAAAACUCGUUGGAUUUCUGGCUUUUUUACCGCAGUUAUUCCUCGUCGUAUAUUUUUCAUUCAGAUAUCAUGAUGAUCUCCCGUUCUGUUGGUUUUUGACCACCUUCGCUUUUGUGACUUAUAACAAAGUAUGCACAAGUCAGUACUUUGUGUGGUACAUCAUUUCUUUGAAAGAGUUGGUGUUACUGAUCACAGUAUGGUUUGCCAGUCAAGGACUGUGGUUGCUAUUUGCGUAUUUGUUUGAAUUCCAAGGAUGGCACACUUUCGAGUGCAUGUGGGCCGCAUCGUUGGUGUUCCUUCUUGUAAAUACUCAUAUUAUGACUAGGUUGAUAUGUACAUAUUCACCUCCUUCCAGUUCAUUGAAAGUAAAAACAGAGUGA